GCAGGGCAGAGGUAUGAAGGCGAGUCGGAGACAUGUCAGUCAGGUCAUUUCCUCCAUGAGUUCCUCUGAAGAAGUGUUGUUUCUCUGCUCUCAAGCAAAGACACACAAAAUAGUGCUGGUGUUGCAGUGAGGCUUCACAACCAGACACUCGGACUGCUUUAAUACGAAUCCUGUGGCUCUGGGGACGAUGAAGAACACCUUUGUCUGUGAUGAAUCCAUGAUCAUCACCAUUCCUGUUGGGAGCAUCCAGGAACUUCAGGACGGUCAGCUGAUGCCAGAACAAUUCUACUGCGUGUUCAAUGAUCACUUCAAGGUCCUUGUCAUCAAGGGGAAAGCUCAGCCUCUCGGAGCAGACCAAGCUAUCUUUGGUCUGCUUCUUUCUGCUCUCGCACUGCUGGUCUAUGAAAGCCUUAUUUGGAUAUUUACAAUUCCAAGCAUUGUGUUUGUGAUCUGUGGCGGGCUGUCCUUUGCUGCUGGGAAAUGUCCAAACAUGACUGUGGUGAAGCUGUCCUUUUCCCUGAACAUUCUGAGUUUACUUUGGUCAAUUACAGCAUUUGUUAUCAAUCUGAUACUCUUGAUUUCAUACUACCUACCUUAUUGGAUAUACCCAUAUUAUCGGCAAUAUCCAUAUUAUUGGGAAUACCCACCUUAUAGGGAAUACUCACCUUAUUUGGAAGUGAGACAAAUCCUAAUCCUGAUAUUGAGUCUGUUGGUUGUUGAAUUUUUCAUCUGCAUUUUCCUGAUCUACUGGUUGAGUAAAGCCAUUUGCAGACAACACUUUAAUACGCUGCCGACUAUAGUGCUGAAACCAGGAAACUGA